GAAGGUCAAGGCACGGCCCGAUUGCAGACGCCGGUCGGACCCGGGAUCCCGCCGCCGGUGUUCAUCGAGAGGAGCCACGUUCUGAGCGACCGGUGCAUCGAGUGCAUCUGCCGCGGGAGCAGCAACUGCGACGCCUCGAUCGGAUGCACCUGGAGUGGCGGCCGGCAGUACUGUGGCCCCUUCCACAUCUCGGAGGCGUAUUGGAUCGACGCGGGGAGGGCGGUGGUGGAGGGGGGGAAUCCGCACGCGCCUGAUGCGUUCCGGACUUGUGCGACGGAUUAUCGGUGUGCUGCCAGUACCAUGAGGCUUUACGUGGACAAGUUUCAGAAGAUCGACUUGAAUUUAUGGACUCUCGAAUACAAAGGAGUCGAAUCGCCCCGACAGGACUGCAACGGCGACGGCGCGAUCGACUGCCUGGACUUCGCCCUCCUCCACAGCCAGGGAGGCUACGGCUGCCAGGUCGCGGACCCCGGCGCCAAUCGCCUGUACGCGGAGGUUCGGAGCUGCAUGAGCGGGCCGGGGUUCCCUCCCAUCGGCAUAUCGCAGCGCGCAUCGAUCCUCGGGCUCCGCGCGAGACGGGAAGGAAAAAAAAAAAAUAGGAGGAAUCGGUCACCCGAGAAGGAGCAAUACCUGCGAGGAAGCGAGGAGGAUGUAGAAUGGACCGAGGAUGCAGAAUGGAGGGAGGGGGAAGGCCUUGAACGGGACGCCAAGGCCAUCGACUUCCACCUGCCUCCUCCUCCGGACGCGACUGACCUCGGCGAAGGGUUCGAGGAUUGCGCGAAGGAUCUGUUCUGCGCCACCGAGACCAUCAAGUAUUACAUGCGGAAGUUCCAUGCGGAUUGCGAUGGGAACGGGGUGGUGAACUGCUUGGACUACGCCCUGAUCCAUAGCCAGGGGGGCUACGAGUGCCGGGUCCAAAGUCCCCAGCGGGAUCAUUUGUACAGGGGGGUGGAGGAGUGCCUGAGGAAGCAGCAGGAGGAGUUUCCGGACAUUGAUGUGCGCGUUCGGCCGAAGAAACCGGCGCAGGCGAAGCCUUGAGGAUGGUUCGAGGGGCUCCAUGUUUUGGGAUGUAUUUAUUGAGAGAGAUUCGGGAUGGAUGUAUCUUUAUGUCGGAUCGACUGAAACAGAUAGAUGGAAGCGAGUGCAGUGACCUGGCUUGCGCAGACAACAUUGGCUAUACCGGUUGCGAGGACAUACCCAUCAUCAAUAGGAACCACUACGAGUAGAUUUUCCCUCCUAAAACAAGCUACAAUCAGUUAUGCAACAGAUUGACUUUAUAUUCAUGCAUUUUUUUGGAAGCAAAA